UUUGUUAAGAAGGCUUCUGCAGCGAUUCAUUCACAAUGUACAUGUACGCAGUAUUUCGCGCGUGCGCUUGAUUCACUGAUUAAUCGUUUUGGAGUGAAACACGUGCACAGGUAGAUAGCAGAUCAAGAAAUGCUAACAAUGUAAUUAAUAACGAUGAUGACGAUUUUCUCAUUUCGCAAAUAAUUAGUCAGAACAUGUAAAGACCCACAGAGUUCAUAGCGCGGUAUGAUCCGCGCCCCUUCCUGCGGCUAAGUUCGUUGUAGGUAAACUCUGUUCUUUGCAUUGUACGUUUCUGUUUGUUGAUCAUGUCUGCUUAUUCUGUUUUGUGUUUAUUUUUAUUUGGAUUUGUAGUUUUUCUUUUCAUAUCAGUUGACCAGGCUGAAGGCGGAGAAUGCUGCAAGGCUCAUUACGAUAAUGGAGGAUUGCGUCAUGAUACCACGUGGUGUAGCCACUAUUGUUGUCAUGAUCGACGGCGCAUGUACAGCCCUCUUUACUGCUGUAGUGAUUUCUUCAUGAGGGCCGACAGAUCUGACAGACUUGACUUCUGUAGCUCGUGGUUUACAGCUUCCGCCAAUCUGUGGGCGCCUGUGUUGAUAGCCAUAGUGAUAAUCGCCAUUCUUAUUGGUUGUGGAAUAUGUUGCUGUUGCAUUCCAGGAUUCUGUUUCUGUUGCUGACAUUCCAGAGGAACAAAAAAAAAACUGAAAAUAAUAAUUCCUCAAAAAGAUUAAUCCUAAUCUCUAGAUUAGUGAGAUUACACAUUGUAAUGGUUGCAUAACUGUUUUCAAAGAGGUCUGUAACUGUGUGCAACAUACAUCUGGUAUGAUAAUAUGAAAAAAAGAAGGCAUUAGUUGGUCACACUGUUAAGGUAAAAUUUAUCAUCUGGAAUUAAUAGAGCUUUUACGUAGACUGUACAUGUACAUAUACUCUGUAUAGAUUAAAAUAUUUCUUCCAAAUGAAGGAAAUUAUUGAUGUUCACUGCUAUCAUUUUAAUCGAAUUUGUUUCAUAAAUACAUCAUUGUAAAAUUUGAUUUUUAAGUGUGUCUUGAAGUAUCAGGGUAGAUUUUAAUGUUUUUGAAGAUAUA